AUGGUUGAUUUUAAUGUGCAAGGAAAGACCGCGGUAAUUACGGGGGGAACUAGAGGUUUAGGGCUUUACUGUGCCGAAGCUUUAGCUCUUAAUGGUGCAUCCACGGUGGUGAUUACCUCAAGAAAGAAGAACGCUUGCGAGGAAGCUAAGAAAUAUCUUGAAAAGAUUUCAAAAGAAAAUGGCAAAUCACCCAAAAUUAUAGCCAUUGCAGCAGAUAUUGCGGAUGAAGAGCAAGCUAAAAAGUUUUUCGAAGAGACAUCGAAACACAUUACUAAGUUGGAUAUACUCAUAGCUAAUGCUGGUGCUUCAUGGGGUGCACCUUUGGAGCAGCAUCCGGUUUCAGCAGUCAAGAAGGUGCUAGACUUGAAUGUAGUUGCAGUUUACCACACUAUUCAAUUGUUUACUCCUUUACUUGAAGCAGCAGGAACCCCAGAAGACCCUUCCAGAAUCUUGAUUAUGUCUUCAGUCGCAUCCAUUGUAGUAGCUGAGCCUAUUGGAACUUACGGAUAUUUAGCCUCAAAGGCAGGUGUUUCUCACUUAGGUAAAAAUUUGGCUCUUCAAUUGGGACCUAGAAAUAUCAACGUCAACUCUUUAGCUCCCGGAUUCUUCCCUACUAAAAUGUCCAACGGCCUCUUGGAAGUAGCUGGUGAUAUGAUGAUAGAGAGUAAUCCUAGAAAGAGAUUGGGUGUAAAGGAAGAUAUCGAAAAUGCUGUCCUAUUCUUGUGCUCCAAGCAAUCCUCCUACAUCAAUGGAAUUGUAUUACCUAUUGACGGAGGUGCACACUUGGGGGGUGCGUUUGUGGGUUCCAAGCUAUAA